AUGGCGGGCGGGCACAUGAAAUACCGUCACCUCAGCCGGUCGUCGUCGCAUCGAGAAGCUCUCCUCCGAAAUCUCGUCACAUCGCUCUUCAAACAGGAAUCGAUAACGACGACAUGGCACAAGGCGAAGGAGGCACAAAGAUUGGCGGAGAAGUUGAUUACGUUGGGAAAGAAGAACACGGAAGCGACGCGGCGGAGAGCGCAUCAGAUAUUCUUCGAACCUACAGAACUAGUCCCCAAGCUCUUCGGGCCCAUAAGGGAACGCUACCUCGAGCGUCCUGGCGGUUAUACACGUGUCCUCCGCAUUGAACCUACAAAGGAAGAUCAAGCCGAAUCUGCCAUUCUAGAACUAGUGGACGGUCCCAAAGAUAUGCGCUUUGCCAUGACAGCGAAGACAUUGUCAAAUCUACCGGAGAGUAUGCGCAUGAACGAGCUUACAGCUAGGAACGUCAAGAAGGUCACACAGUUCCGGAAAGAAGGCGUAGAGCAUCUGCGGGACAUGGUCGAACGAAUGAGGGAAGGCAAGAAGAAAAAGUGGGACGAUAGGACACUGUUGGGCCCGAAGAGGGUAUACCUGCUAGAAGAGAGGAAUAAGAGAGAUAUGCAUUUCCCCGAAGCGAUCAACGAUGGCGAGCUUCCGAACCCUGUUAAGCUAUUACACGGCGGUGUGCUUCAGCGAGGCACAAAGAUUUGGAACGUACGAAAUAUUGUGGAACGAAACAAAAACAAGGCCAAGGAGGUUGCGCGGUCAAGAGAGGAGAAGGCACAGUCGAAGCAAAGGAAGAUAUCUGAAGUUCUUCAGUUGGAUUAG